AUGCAUAUCGGGCGCGACGAAUCCGGUCGAUUGUGCAAUAAAACCCAAAGUGUAUUUUAUGGAACAUUGGUUCUUCAUGUUUGCUUUUUCGUCGGCGUACUUACAGAGGUGGUAAAAGGAGUGCUUCUAGGCCUGCCAUCUAAUCCAAAUCUACCAGCGUUAUUUAUCGGUAUAUUCUUCUCAGUACGUGGUGUAAUGAUUUAUGUGAAGCACGCCGAUAUAUUUGAAUUUCUCAAUAUCUUGGACGAAGAAUUUCCCCAUGAUUUAGCAGCCCAACAAGCAAUGCGUGCUCCCCAAAUUUACGAACGAUUUCAAGUGCGUUAUAAUUAUGUGGCAUAUAUCAUUCAAUCGGCAAUAGUUGGUUUCUGUGCGGUGCCUCCCAUUGUCUACGCUUUUACCAGAGAUGUGAAUGGACCUAUCCGAGAGGAGCAACAACUUCUGGGUGGUUGGCUGCCAUUUGGCAUUCGCGAGAAUCACAAUUUUUAUGUCUUGGCCUGGCUCUACGAUAUCAUGUGUUCGUGCAGUGGAACUGCCUAUUUCUGCACCUUUGAUACUAUAUUCAAUACAAUGAUUUUACACAUCAUAAUGCAUCUGGAUGACUUGGCUUGGCAGCUGCAGAGUCUCGACUUAACAACUGAAGCUCAUUCUGAGAUCUACAAACAGUUUUGUCGCCUGAUUCAUCGUCAUCGAUAUCUCAAUUCGUUUUGCGACAAGUUCAACAGCAUCUUUAAUUUGUCCAUCAUGAUUACCGAUUUAGUUGCCGCAGCAGCUAUAUGUUUUCAUUUGUAUUUAGUCACAGAGACGCAGGAUUUUCUAAUGAAGUCAAGGUACAUGAUGGUGGGCGUGGCAUUGGUGGCCUUUACUUAUGAAAUUUGCCUUCGUGGCACACAGCUGGAGGAGGCCUCCUCGAAGUUGAAUGGCAUCCUUUACAAUCAGAGCUGGUAUGUGUGCGAUAAGCGAACACGUAAAUUGAUUCUGAUGUGGAUUAAGUAUACGCAGUGUACCAAGAAAUUAAAUGCCUUUGGUUUAAUGGAGCUCAACAUGGUGCAUUUUUCGCAGAUCAUGAAUCUAGCCUACAGGCUUUUUGCUUUUCUAAAGUCCGCUUAAAAGAUUUAAAUUG